AUGGCGCAAAGCGCCGUGGGCAGGCUUUUCCGCUGCCAGAGUUGUCUCCGGCAGUCGGUAAGCUCGCCGUUCAGACAGACGCGCAGCUACUCAAAAAAUGCUAUCCCUUCCUUUUCUCAAACAUCCUCUGCCGAACUCGACCAAGCCUUGCACCGGUUUCGCGAAGAGCUCUUCGUGCCCUUCUCCCUGGGUAUCCAACAGAGAAAGUUGAUUUUCCGACAAAAAUACUCCGGUCGACUCGAAGAGGAACCCGUCGCAGUUACGAUCGGUGACAAUGAGCAAUUCCUUCUCCGCCCGAUGGACCACAUGACGCGACCUCGCAAGGUUGAGAUCUCGGACGUUGUGAAGUUGAUGAAGACGACCAAGGACUGGCAGAACAUCAUCCCCUUCCUGAUUGGAUUGCGGACGGCAAAGCGUUAUCUCGAUAAUGACCGCUGGGAAUGGCUGAUGCGCAAGGCCGCUGAGGCGGACGCUCUGGGAAUCAUGCUGGAAUGUGCGAAGCAGUCGGAGAAGACGGGUCUGCGUCUGAACGAUGCUGGCGUUGCGGGCAAGUACUUCUACGGAUUGCACAAGAAGGCUCAGGCGGCGGAUUUCAAGGGACCGGCCACUACCAAGGCAUUGAGCCUGGCUCAACAAGCAGUCCAGCUGAUGGAGGCUCCGGAGCACGUUGAACACGACAUCGCGAAGGACCCGAGACGACGGCCGGCCGUGAUCGGUGUGCUUCUCGAGCUGAGUGCUGCUCGUGCUCUCAAUGAGUUCGAAGGUCGUGAUGAGGGCGACCAAGUUGCCUCCUACGCACGAAGACUGUUGGCGACGUGGCCGCUCGGCUCUUUCGACGCCGAGAUCACUAACUGGUACAACAUCGAGGACAUGCUCCAGCAGAACAUUCCCAUCUACAACGGAAUCAAGUUGGCUCUGCAGGUGAACGGCAUUGCCAGCAACAAGGCCCUCAGCUCGGAGCUGAAGGACCGGGCGGAUAAAUUGAGCAAGUUGAUCACGAAGCAGAAGAAGAAUGCUCCUGAGAAGGUCAAGGAGCGCCCCACUGAGGGUUACAAGCAGCUGCUUCAGUUCUUUUAA